GCUAACUUUUUAGCCUGUGCAGCCUCUCUUUGUCAAACCACUGACUUCCGUUUUCAUGUUUUCUCCAGCUUUCUGGAAUUUACUAUCCUGAGAGGUGGCGAGAUAUUUAGCGCUUUGAAAAACAGUAUUACUCAUUGAGUAUUCUCGUAACAGAACAAACCAAAGGUCCUACAUUUUACCUUGUUCAGAGUUUGAGUCCGUUAUUCUAUUUCACCCUUGAAAAACACGACUGUUUACCUAGCUAGCUGGCUAACAUCAGCCAGCUGAGUUAAAUCACCCAACAUGUUUCGGUUCCUGAAUGACGUUGAUGAAGACCCCUUCAUGAUGGAUCCAUUUGCAGCUCAUAGGCACCAAAUGAGGAGUCUGUUUGGUAUGGAUCCUUUUGCCCUUACUCCCCAGAUGCAGCCGCACCGUGCACCACGCCAGCAGGCUGGUCCAUUGACCCCCUUUGGCAUGAUGGGAAUGGGUGGAGGGUUCAUGGAUAUGUUUGGCAUGAUGGGAGAAAUGAUGGGAAACAUGGAACGGAUGUCUGGUUCACCCAACUGUCAGACUUUUUCUUCUUCAACAGUGAUCUCAUACUCCUCCUCAGACUCGGGAGCUCCUAAAGUAUAUCAGCAAACCAGUGAAACAAGAAGAGGCCCUGGAGGGAUUCGUGAGACACGGCAGUCGCUAAGAGAUAGCGAGAGUGGUUUAGAGCGGCUUGCCAUUGGACACCACAUUGGAGAUCGUGCUCACAUAAUGGAGCGUUCACGAAAUCGUCGUACGGGAGAUCGUGAAGAGCGACAAGACUUCAUUAAUCUUGAUGAAAGUGAGGCUGCAGCGUUUGAUGAGGAGUUUAGGAGGGAGGCAGGAAGAUAUGUUCCUCCAAACAUGAGGGGGCUGGAAUAUGGCCGAGAUCGACGGGCAGGAGGCCAGCAGCUGGCUCUUACUGCCCCACCCAGUGCAACAUCCCCUUCAGGCCACCGGCAUGAGUCUCCUAGACACCGUCAGCCUCACACUCGUCCACGUUAUGACUGGUGAGAGGUGUAAGACUUCACAAUGUGAGCAGAUGGAAGGAGUGAAGAGAGGUUUUCCCUGAUGCUGUGAACAACGCUGAAGACGGAGGUUGAUGAUCAUCACAACUGCCCGUCAUUAAUGUUUGAUAUGACUGGACUGUCUAUACAUUAACAGUAUAUUACACACACAACCAAACCCUACACAUAUGAUUGUUACAUUUAUAGUUGUACAACUCUGAUGUUACUCUUGAAACAUAAAGCACAUACACACACACACACACACACACACACGCAUUCACAGGUACCUUUGUGCAAACAUGGGUUUAACUACACACACUUUAUAUAUAAAUACUCAUUCUCAAAACUUGACAUGUGUUUUUGCCCACUGCACUUGAGUGCUUAAGUAUACAGUACGACUGCUGUACAGUCCAUUUUAUGUUUGUGAAGACACUAGUGUGUCUGUGAAUUGAAUUGUAUACUGGUAACUAAUUAAACUAACGAAAUAAAAGUUCAUUAAACAUUGUUAGAUAAUUGCA